AUGGCGCAGCGUCGCCACUGGAUUGAGCUGGCGCGGCGGCAGCGGCAGGCGGGCGGAGUGCCCAUCCGACUGCUGGCGCUGUGCAUAGAGUUGCCGCCAGAGGUGUGCCUGCAGCGGGCAUCGCAGCGGGACGGGCACGCCACGCUGCCUGGGUGGCAGGCGGAGGAUGUCAUCCAGCGCUUCCUGUCAGAGUGGCAGUACCCACAGGGCAAGGAGGGCUUUGACGGCGUGCAAGUGGCCCGCAGCUCGGAGCAGGCGGCGGCGGUGGUGACCCAGCUGCUGGCACAGCACGCGCCGGCGGCGGCAGGAGCAGCGGCGGUGACGGUGCAGGCAGCCGCAGCGCAGCUUGCUGACGCGCCCAUGGCAGCGCCCGGUGCGUGGAGCGCAGGCGCACUGCCAGCCACCACAUUUGCCGCCGGCGGGCAUGCCCACCCGCAGCAGCUCAGCGCUGAUGCCCUCGCCUUCCAGCCGGGCGCCCCGCUGCUGCUGCAGCAGCCUGCACAGCAGCAGGGCUGGAUGCAGCAGCAGCGGCAGCACUACCACGGGUCACGCGCCGACGCAGCGAGCAGCUGGCGGCCGUCUGAGCCAGGCGGCCACGACGAGCCUGAGCAGCCGGCGGUGCCGCGGUCUCCCAGGCGCGGCCAGCGUGCAGGCGGGCACCCGCAGCCUGCGGCGCAGCGCUGGCAGCCUGCGCCGGGCAGCCCCGCCAGGCCGGCAGGCGCUGCCGAGGGCCAGGGCGGGGCGCCUGGGGCGGGCGGCGGCAACAUCGUGCCUUUCCCUGGGCGGCAGAGCCAGGGGCGCAGGCAGCGCUCGCCUGCCCCGCCCCACCUGCCGCGGCGCCACCCCUGGAGCAGGCACGGGUACGACGAGCCCAGCGGUCUGGUGCUGGAUGCGGGCACCGACCCCGGCAAGGUGGUGCUCAUGUUUGACGCCAACGGCUGCAUCACAUCCCACACCAGCAUGCGCCGCUCCGCGGGCGUCCACAAGGCGCGGCCGGGCAUCCGCCACCUGCGCCGCCUCAAGGAUUCUUUCCACCUGGGCAUGUUCAGCUCUGCCAGCCCCAGGACGGUACAGGUGGCGCUGGAGCUGCUGGAGGAGGCGGCAGGCAAGCAGCGGGCCGCCAGGGCCGGCUCACACGCGCUGCCAGCCUGGCGGCGGCGCUCCUGCCCCGGCGAGCCGCUGUUCGACCGCCGCCUCACGCUGUGCCGCACCCACACCUUCCUGGCGCCGCUGGAGCACGUGGCGGCGGGCGGCAAGGAGUGGGACACGGUCAAGCCGCUGCGCCCCUACUUCUCCCGCCUGCACCGCGUGCUGCUGGUGGACGACGACGCGCACAAGGCGGUGGCGGGGGAGGAGGGCAACAUGGUGCUGAUGCCGGUGUGGGAGGCGGACGACCCGGCAGACGGCAUGGUGGAGCGCCUGGUGGAUGUGCUGCUGGCCCUGGCGGAGGGGCUGGGGGGAGACCCGGAGGGGGAUGCGCGGCGCUUGGCCCCGCGCGCCUCGCAGCAGCUGGCGGCGGCGGCGGCAGAGGCGCGGGAGCGGCCGGCGCGGGACCCCGCCCCGGCAGCGCCCGCCCCCGCCGACGAUGCCGCCGAGCACAGCGAGGACCCUGGCGCACCCCUGCCCGUCAGCUAG